ACAGCGUUUAGUUGUAACCCAAUGGGUUUAAAAUUUUGGUCUUAGCGUGCGUCUAUUUGUUGACACUGGCCCAGGCCUAUUCAAUUUACAUUUGCUCGAAAGUUUUCUUAAUCAUAAGGAAACUCCAAGUUUAAGGAUCUUCGUGGGCCUAAUCAUAUCAUUACCCCACUAUUAUUUAAUUUAGAAGAGUAAUUAUAUAUGCUAUAAAUUGUUGGAGAGAAUAAAUCGCGGGAGAGAAGAUACCGCACUAAAAAUAUAUUUAUGAUAAUAUAUAAGGGAUUGGACAAAUUUACUUACGACCAAUUAGUUUUAAGUUGGAAGCCUAGAAAACUUAGCUUGGUAUCAAAGCGAACUCACACAUAUAGUUAUAUUUUUACAUUUUAUCAGCAAUAGUUUUAGAUUACUUAUAUGCUUUUUUUAAUAUGUCUCUGGUAUAUUUUUUUUGCUGCUAAGAGAGUAUAUUACAUUUCUACGUACGUCUGCAUACACAAACACAAGUAGAAGAUGUACAGGGGUGGUUCCCUAGAUAUAGCGAACGGUUAGUUUGGACGAUUGAAUAUUUGAAUCUAAUAUAAUCAUAGUUUAGCAGUAUAGUAGUCUGUAUAUUCGAGAGUCAGCGAGGAUGUCUAUAUCUCGGGAAAUUAUACGAAAAGUCUAAUGUACGUCAUCAGUAAAUAUCAGAAUUAUUUAGUUGCCAGCAUUUGAUAAGUCGGCAGACCACGAUGCAGGUUAAUGAAUCCAUUAUCACAAAUAUAAAAAUCAAAGUCUCUCCAACAUCCCAAGCGCUAAUUAGUAUAUGUCUAAAUUAGUUUAUUUUGAGUUCUGACUUCAUCUAUAUGGAAUGUUAUAUUUAUGCAAGUUGUGUAUACCCACAAAACAAAAAGAACAACUAGACGUCAAUGAUGUAGUAAGUAUAACUGUAUAAGGAUAAGCCCAAGAAUUAGCCUAUUCUGACUAGGGGAUCUUACACUUGGUCGAGUUGGAAUCCUUAUCGAUCAAUUAGAAUAAACUUCAAGGAAAGAUGUGUACCUUAAUUUUCACUGUUGAAUUUAAAACCACUGUUAAAAUCACUAUAUUUUAUUUUCUACUAUUAAUUAAGGUUGCUUUUGUAAUCGGAAAAUUGAUAUUUUUGUUAACAAUUUUAAUAUAUGUUUAUCUAUGUAUAUUUCAGUUAUAAAUAUAUUUUCUUACAAAAUUUACAAAAGAGAGCUGCCUUGACUUUAAUCAGAAUAAAUAAACUACAUGAUGAAACGGUAUACGUGGAUAAUCAUUAUUUGUAGUAUUCCCUUGCCUCCAUUGUUAUAUAUGCCUGAUUGAUAUAGCAAAUGUACACAUGUUGCAAAUUUAACAACACAAAGGGUGUUGAGCUAAUCAAUGUAGUUGACUUUCACUUUUCACAUUUCUGACAACGAAUUUCUGUUUGCUUUUCAUAUCCCAACUUGUUGGAACAUCUACACGUCAUCAAGGUUGAUUGAUAAGCACUUAGUCAUUUGACGUUUUCAAAUAUUUACUGAAAAUUGCGUGCACACACAUUUUGGACAUAAGAUUUUGAUUAUACGCAUAUCUACAUAUCAAUUCACCAUAUAGUCUAUAUUAUUUUUAUCUUGAAAAAUUGUUUUUAUUCUUAUUACUUUUUGUACUUUUGAGAAAUUCAAAUUCUUUAAUCAAAAAAAAAAAUCAGAUUCUCUAGCUGUUAACCUCAGAAAACUAAAACAGAAAGUUUCAAAUUGUUACGAGAUAUGUUUUCUAUAGCAAAAUCAAUAUAAUUAUGUAUAUAUUUUCAAGAUUUCUUGUAGUUAUUUUUGGCCCUUGACAAUUGAGUAACUAGAUUGUUUAUGUAGAAAAAGAUAUCAUCACCAACUUCAAAACACACACACAUUAUAUUUACUUCUUUAAAAAGAAAAAAAAAAGAAAAAGAAAAAGCGUUAUAUCUAACUCUGAGAUUUAGAUGAGGAAGUUGCACAAAAAAAAAAAAAAGAAGAGAUUUAGAUGAGGACAUGUCUUAAAUUACAAUAGCUGCUUAGAUAUAUUGUAAUCAAACCUAAACCUAAAUGUACAUUUACACACAAAUCAAAACAUGUUUAGAUAUAUUGUAAUUUGUACGUCAGGAUCGAGAUCAAUAAUGUGUGUGUUUUUAUUGCGUUGUUCAACCAUUGCAAUCUUCUUUAAAAAAAAAAUCUUCCUUACGUGUCUAGAUGACAACUACUGACGAUAGUGUAGAUAAAAUCAUAUAGUGAUCCGGUUCGACCAUGUAGAGCAAAUUUUGACCGGUUAGACUCGGGUCGAUCUGAACCAUAUAUGACUAUAGCCAGAUAAAAUCCGGCAACCCAUAAUUGCUGUCUGUUUUUAACAGUUAAUCGUAAAAAAGACCAAACUGAAAACCUACAAGACAAGGUUCUUUUAACUAGUUUACAUAGAACUAGCCAUUAAUUAUGUUAAGCUCGACGUACCUUGAUAGACAAAUCUCUGAUAGUAGUUGAUAUUAUUAACACAACCAUGUUCCUAUCCAUAAGGAAGGGUAGAGAAGUAAUCUGAAAGGAGAAAUGUAACCUUUGAGAUAAGCGAGAGACUAGGAAGAUGCGUGCGGCGAAAAUAGAUUCCUCUAAAGAAUACUUUUAAAUUGUUAGUUAACCGUUGAGAAUCUCCAAACAAUACAUUUUAUGAAAUUGUCAACGCUAGGAAUACUACUAUAUAAACCACUGGUGUAAUCUCUAAUCAUCAAUCAAUACACUUGCAUCAAAAUCUCAAACUAAUUAAAAAUGGGUGAUCCUAGUGGCGAGCCUGGAAGCUCCAUGCAUGGAGUCACCGGUAGAGAACAAAGCUUCGCUUUCUCGGUGGCUUCACCGAUUGUCCCGACCGACACAACGGCCAAGUUCGACCUUCCGGUCGACACGGAACAUAAGGCAAAGGUGUUCAAGCUCUUCUCCUUCGCAAACCCUCACAUGAGAACGUUCCACCUCUCGUGGAUCUCUUUCUCCACAUGUUUUGUCUCCACAUUCGCAGCUGCACCACUCGUCCCCAUCAUCCGUGAGAAUCUCAACCUAACCAAACAAGACAUAGGAAACGCUGGAGUUGCGUCCGUGUCAGGGAGUAUCUUCUCUAGGCUGGUGAUGGGAGCGGUUUGUGAUCUACUAGGUCCACGUUACGGUUGUGCCUUCCUUGUGAUGCUCUCCGCGCCAACGGUGUUCUCCAUGAGUUUCGUGGCGGAUGCCGGAGGGUUCAUUACGGUGAGAUUCAUGAUUGGUUUCUGUCUGGCGACGUUUGUGUCUUGUCAAUACUGGAUGAGCACUAUGUUCAAUAGUCAGAUCAUCGGUCUAGUGAAUGGGACAGCAGCUGGGUGGGGAAACAUGGGAGGUGGUAUAACUCAGUUGCUCAUGCCGGUUGUUUAUGAGAUCAUAAGACGUUGUGGUGCGACAGCGUUCACGGCUUGGAGGCUUGCCUUCUUUGUCCCUGGUUGGUUGCAUAUCAUCAUGGGAAUCUUGGUGCUCACGCUAGGUCAAGAUCUCCCAGAUGGGAACCGAAGUGCCUUGGAGAAGAAGGGAGAAGUUGCCAAAGACAAAUUCGGAAAGAUUAUGUGGUACGCUGUCACAAACUACAGGACUUGGAUCUUUGUUCUUCUUUAUGGAUAUUCCAUGGGAGUUGAGUUGAGCACUGAUAAUGUUAUAGCCGAGUACUUCUUUGACAGAUUUCACUUGAAACUCCACACAGCAGGAAUCAUAGCAGCAUCUUUCGGAAUGGCCAACUUCUUUGCUCGUCCAGCAGGAGGCUAUGCAUCUGAUAUUGCGGCCACUUACUUUGGGAUGAGAGGAAGGUUGUGGGCAUUAUGGAUCAUUCAGACAGCCGGUGGUCUCUUCUGUGUGUGGCUCGGCCGCGCAAACACCCUCGUCACAGCUAUUGUAGCUAUGAUCCUCUUUUCAUUAGGAGCACAAGCAGCUUGUGGAGCCACAUUUGCAAUAGUUCCUUUUGUCUCCAGACGAGCCCUUGGAAUCAUCUCGGGUUUAACCGGGGCUGGAGGAAACUUUGGGUCAGGGCUCACACAGCUCAUUUUUUUCUCGACCUCACAGUUCACAACCGAACAAGGACUUACAUGGAUGGGAGUGAUGAUAGUUGCUUGCACGUUACCUGUGACUUUAAUCCACUUUCCACAAUGGGGAAGCAUGUUCUUGCCUCCUUCCAAAGAUCCAGUCAAAGGUACGGAGGAGCACUACUAUGCUUCGGAAUGGAAUGAGCAGGAGAAGCAGAAGAACAUGCAUCAAGGAAGCCUCCGGUUUGCGGAGAACUCUAAGUCUGAGGGUGGCCGCCGAGUCCGUUCUGCUGCUACGCCGCCUGAGAACACACCGAACAAUGUUUGAUCAUACCAGUCACAUGGAAGUGUUGAAGGAUUGUUGCAGAUAAGAGUAUGUCCCACAGCUAGUUUUCUUCAAACGUUAUCAAUGCUUGCAGGACGUUAUUUAUAAUGUAUCUAUCUUUCUUUCACUAGCGAAACCUUUGUAUUGUUCGGCUUUUAGAAUUCAUUUUUCUAAUCGAAGUAUACCAUGUGAUAUUUUGAACAUUUUGCAUUAUAUCACAACAUAUAAAAGAUAUUCAAAUUGGCAAACUCCACGGUUCACUAACAUAUAGAAUCUAUACUUGCGAAGUAAAUUUUUAUAACAAAGCUGUCACGUUGAAAGUUAGAGUGGUUAAUAUCGUUUAUACCCUUAAUGAAUAAAAUGUAUAAAUAAAUUAAAAAAUAAAAACGAAAUUUUAAUUGAUUUUGAUUAGAUAAUUAAUUAUUAUUA